CCGCCCGCGGUACCAUGUCCAAGGCGGCCGCAGGCGCGGCGGCGGCCGAAAGUUGCGCCCCAGCCCCGGGGGGCCCGGCCGCCGCCGCCGAGGACCUGUCCAAAGUGUCGGACGAGGAGCUGCUGCAGUGGAGCAAGGAGGAGCUGAUCCGCAGCCUGCGGCGCGCCGAGGCCGAGAAGGUGAGCGCGAUGCUGGACCACAGCAACCUCAUCCGCGAGGUGAACCGCCGGCUGCAGCUGCACCUCGGCGAGAUCCGCGGGCUCAAGGAUAUUAACCAGAAACUCCAGGAGGACAACCAGGAAUUGAGGGAUCUCUGCUGUUUUCUGGAUGAUGACCGGCAGAAAGGGAAAAGGGUGUCCCGGGAGUGGCAGAGACUGGGCCGCUACACAGCUGGGGUGAUGCACAAGGAAGUGGCCUUAUACCUGCAGAAGCUAAAGGAGCUGGAGGUGAAGCAGGAGGAAGUAGUGAAGGAGAACAUGGAGCUCAAGGAACUCUGCGUACUGCUGGAUGAGGAGAAGGGUGCGGGCUGUGCGGGCAGCCGCUGCUCCAUUGACAGCCAGGCCAGCCUGUGCCAACUUGCAGCCUCCCCUGCACCCUACGUGCGGGAUGUGGGAGAUGGCAGCAGUACCUCCAGCACUGGCAGCACCGAUAGCCCUGACCACCACAAGCACCAUGCAAGUGGAGGCAGCCCUGAGCAUCUGCAGAAGCCCCGGGGUGAGGGCAGCCCGGAGCACUCCAAGCACAGGAGUGCCAGCCCUGAACACUUGCAGAAGCCCAGGGUCUCCGGGACCUCAGAGCACCCAAAGGCCCUCAAAGGACCCAGCCCCGAGCACCACAAACCUUUGUGCAAGGGCAGUCCGGAGCAGCAGAGGCAUGCACACCCAGGGAGCAGCCCAGAGACGCUGCCUAAGCACGUGCUGAGCGGGAGCCCAGAGCAUUUCCAGAAGCACAGGCCAGGGGGCAGCCCGGAGCAUGCCAGGCACAGUGGAGGGAGCCCAGAGCACCUUCAGAAACACGCUCUUGGGGGGAGCCUGGAACACCUUCCCAGAGCCAGGGGCACCAGCCCUGAGCAUCUCAAACAACAUUAUGGGGGCAGCCCUGAUCACAAACACGUAGGCGGCGGAGGCAGCGGCGGAGGCAGCAGGGAGGGCACCCUCAGGCGGCAAGCACAAGAGGAUGCAUCACCCCAUCAUCGCAAUGUCUACAGUGGCAUGAACGGUGGGUUGUGUGGAGGAAACUUGGAGAUGCUGCCGGUUCCUGUCCUGGGAUUAGGCAACAUCUAUCAGGAAACCAGUACAAAGGACCAAUGUGAGAAGCAUUCUCUUUCAAAGUUGAGACCCCCACUGCCAGAGAGAAAGAAAAGGAAAAAAGAAGAAGACAAAAGAGUGUGUUUCCGCAGACCUGGACUCGUGGAAAAACAUGGAUUGUACAUUACACAUAUCUCCCCUCUAAAACCUUCUAGACAUCAAGUUGAUACUCCUGUGUCUCACUUCAGUGUCCAAAACAGUUAAUCUCAAACAAGGUAGCACUGAAUAGUCACCAUUUGGUAUCGAUGUUUUCAUUAGAACUAAAGUGUUUUAAACUUCCCAGAUCUAAGAUUAUAAUUGGGAACCUGCAUGGUUGGAAGUAUCCAUUAGCGAUUCAGUGGUUUUGAUAGAGUUGACUUGUUCCAUGUAGUGGUGGAAACUUUUUACCAUGUAGUAUUGAAGAUAUGAAGAGGUGAUUUCCAGCUGCACAGGGUUGAGAGUUGAGAAAUUGCCUCUUAUACUUCAUUUAAGAAUAUAUUAGUUCCUGGUUCAUAAUUAAUUUGAGUAUAAGAGAUACAGUUUCUGGGCUUCUGUUUUGACUUUUGAGGUGCUAAAAAUACCACAUAAAUUGUAUUACCAGCUAGAAGGGUAGCAAGACUCUGUACAGCGCUUAUCAGAGAGUAUCAUUUAUUUCAGUUGAUCAAAAUAAGUAUAUCUUUAAUCUUGAUGAGUUGCUCGUAGAGGAACAUUUGGGGACAUAUCAACCUCCAUAUUCAUUCAGUGUAUCAAUUUCAUCUAAAAAACAAGCAAAUAUAAUUUUUCUAAGUGUUUAGAGCUGUGAGAUGUUAAUUUCUACAAUUUAGUUUCUAGACAUGCUGUAUAUUUAAUAAACUUUAUGUAAACUUUAAAAUAUUGCACUGCAUUUAUGAAAAGCUUUCUUUGCCUACUGCACCUAUUUAACGUUUUAUGAGACUAACGCAUGUCCUUCAUUGCUGAGAUUAAAAGCUCUUGUUCAGAUUGCUUGAGGUUUGAAAAAGAGGUGUGCUAGCUUUGCUUAGUUUUUUCCUUAUUUUUGGUAUAUCCAUGUAAUACUAGAACGUGUGUAUUGGAAAUGCCAUGAUAGGUAUUUUGUGUUUAUCUACUACAAUGGUAGUUUCUUGUAUGAAUGUGCAAGAAGCCUGUGACAGAAUGCUACGUUUUUACUGUAGUUUAAGAUUUUAAAAGUAGGGACGCAACAAUUCUGUUUUCUGAUGUCUUCUCAAUUACUGAGAGUUGAUUCACAGAAAAUACACCUUCUUGUUUUUUUUUUUUAAAUGGGCUCAUUACACAGCAUAUCAGUUGUCACUGGUGGGAGACUAUGAAAGAAUUUUGUUUUGCCUUUUAAAAAUGUAACUGUGAUGAAAACCCAGCCCUCGAUUUUCAGAAAAUAUUUAUAAAUUAAGUUACUGUAAGAUUAUCUCUAAUUAUACUGACUGGGUUACAGUUUAAGCCUCUGUUUCUUUUCAAAUGUUAUAUUUUUAAAUGUUAUUACUCUGUAAAAGAAAAUUGCUCGCUGUCUUUACACCUUUUCUCAUAGGAGAGCUUUCGUUCUUAAGUUGUAUUCCUACACUCGAUGUUUAAAACAAGUUCUUGUACCUGCAGCAGAGUCUGCAGAAGCUAAUUCUAGGGACACUGGUCUUGGACAAAAUACUUGUGUAAAUUUUGAUACUGUAUUAAAACUAUUUUUUUAAAGUUCCACAUAAAAUUGAGUAUUAAGUAUAUGUGUUCAUCUUAGCAAUGGUAAUAAAUUAUUUAAUCUCACAGUG